CGAGCAAGAUGAACGGAAGCUCGUUGUCGGAGACAACCGCUGCAAGUUCAUCGAGCAGUACGACCUUGUACAUCCUUUCCUCGGAGAUCGAGAUUCGGAAGAACUCGAAGAAAAAUGGGAAACGGGCAGUGUGCAGAAUAUGGACUCAUUACGGAGGCGCCGGUGAUUACGCGCCUCCGACAUGGUGUCAGAAGGAUCUGUAUCUCGGGCCAUCUUACAACGAGUUGAUGGACGGUCGAUACGCCCCGAUUCCCAUAAGAUUCGCCGGUGCCAGCCUCGAAGAUAUAAAGACCGAGCUGGAGGAUUUCUCACCGAUCAAGAUCGAGAAAGUGACUCGUAGCUGGCCUACGUGUCGGUGCUUCAAGGAGAAGCAUAAGAACGACGUUCUUUGCGACGUGCUGUUUAUCAGAGACCAUAAUCGGAAAUAUUACAACACGAGCAAAUUCUACACGACCUGUCAGGGUUGCCCCCGUAAUCACUUGCAAGCGAAGAUCUUGGAGGAUAGAGCGAUCGAGAAGAGGAGCGUGUGGUACAGGCAGGAAACGUUGGACGAGGUGAUCGCGAGAGAGAGGGAGAAAGAGGAAGAGGGGAGAAGUCCGAAAAAGGGCCUGACGAGGAGGAUAUCCCGAUUCGGGUUCGGAGUGCCGGAGAAAUGCCACUCGGGAUUGGUUCUCGGCCCGAUUAACGCGGAACGCGAGUUCACCAGGGAGAUGAGCGUGAAACAGGCGCACAAUUUUUACGCUCUGAUGGAAAGUGGUGUAAAGGUUUGGGAGGGUAAGAAGAAGGGGCGAUGCAAGGCGUUGUACUGCAAGCACUUCAGGAGAUACGGUAUCUGCACCGCGCCUCAUUUUCAUUACGCCCUUGGCCCCUGGUCGGUCCAACCGGGCGAACGGUGCACCCUCCAAGGCCGAAGAUCCUUCAGCUUGGUCACGAUACGUCGACAGCCGAUCGACUCCGAAUUGAAACUUCCCGUGUCUCGCCGCCAAUUGGCGGCCAGUAUCUCGUACACCGCUCUGCAAUCGGGUAGGUUUGGCUCGAUCGGGGCCACCACCAAGGGCCGUAUCGUGUUGUUUUGGACGCCGGAAUAUUGGUACCGACCCAAGCCCGCCUCUGCCGCUUACAGGGAGCUGAGGCAGCACUUGACACAUUUGAGAAAUUUUCGCCAAGAGAAGGAACGACCGUCCAAACGGAAGUUGUUCGGCAGGCGAAAGAAAUACCAAUACGAAGAUUCCAUUAUUGUCCCCGAGGAGAAGUACAGUUUCCUGGAGAGGAUCUUCUCCGGGAACGGAUCUUGCAAGAAGAAGAAGAAGCUGGAAAAUCAAGAGAGCGGUACCAAUGAUCAGUUGAGACGAUUAUUAAGAAUGGAUUUCAGAAUAACAAUUUGGGAUAUAAACAGUGACAUCCUGGCGAUGCAGUUGACCCUGAUCGAUCGCGAUCUCUUCGUUCGUAUCCCGACGGAGGAAAUCGAGAUAUUGGUAUUUCAAAGGAGUUCGAGGAACGCGCCCAACUUGGCGGCGUGGAUAGCGUUCAGUCAUCGCAUAUCGUGCCUGAUGGCGAGCGAAAUUCUGGCCGUGAAAAAAUUACCCAUGAGAAGUAGGAUCGUCGCGAGGCUAGUGAACGCGGCCAAGAAGUGUUACGCCAUGGGAAACUUUCAUUCGUGUAGAUCGAUCUUGGCCGGAUUGCAGGCGCCACCGAUUUUCAGACUGCGAAAAACGUGGAAUUACUUGCGCACUCAUCAUGCCAAUAGAUACGAGACCAUGGAAAGACUUUGCAAGGUUUACAAACAUCCGUGCACCGAGAUGUAUCGACAAGCAUGGGCCAAAGUUGAAACUUGCAACUCGUCCUUUAUGCCGUACGUGGGCCACCUUUUGCUCAGACUUUUGGAUCUAAAUAAUUCCAACGAUUGUCACGACACCGUUGUCCACGUGCACGACGGGAUAAAAAAUGCAAACGAUCUUUGUAAAAAAGUGUCCAUCGGUAUAAUUAGGGAUACGACGCUGAAAAGUAAUCAGAGCAAUAAUUUGGAACAGAAGCAGGAGAGUAGGAGGAAUAUCUUCGCUUCCAUUCUAACAAGAAUGAAGAAUAAAAAGGACGAAAAGACGAUUUACGAGGAGAAGUCGGAUGGAACGUGGACGAUCAAGGAACAGGAUUUGGCGUGGAAAUAUUUCUUUCGUUGGUACAACGCCAUUUUGAAAAGGAAAUUUCGUCACAAGGAAGAGGAGAGAUUAAGGGAUAUGGAUCCGAGGAUGAAACGAGUUCUAGACGUCGUCACUUGGAUGGUGGAUUGUCAGAGACGGGCUCAGGGAUACAAUUUUCCAGGCCACUCGUUCACGAAGGAAUUUUUAUUGAAGACUCGAUACAGGGAGGAUCGGGAAAAUUUUUUUAUCAGCUUGAAACUGGAACCCUCGAUGAUAACUUGAACAAAA